AUGGGGAAGGGCAAAGCCGCAUUUUUUGCGCUACUCGCCAUCAUGGCCGUCAUCGCUGAGGCGACGAGCGUGGAGGCCCAAGUGCUGGUGGGCACGCAGAUGACGAUCAGCAGCCUCUCUUUCAGCCGUCGCAGGCUGCAGCCGUCCACCAGCGGGGAUGACCAAGAGGUUGGCACGAAAAUGUCGAUUGGCCCCUCUUUCUCCUUCGAUGAUCCGAGCCGCUGUGUCGCCAUUCCACCUGGCGGCGGGACGAGGAAGCUGCAGGUGUGGUGGCAGCAGGAAGGCAAGGCGGAUUGCACGGCGAUUCAGUUCUUCCCGAGUCCCACGUGCAAGGGGAGGGUGCUGGACACUCUCGCGCAAGGCCAGCAGAGAUCCAGGCCUCUCCACAAUGGAAUCAGGUCCGCCCGCUGCAUCAUUGGUGCCGCCCAGAGCGCAGCUGCUCCUGAGUACCCUGACGAAGAGAGUUCAAUCACGGGCGUGUGUGGCGACGACAGAGUCACCCCGUGUAUGGGGGGCACGUGCAUCGACCGUGGCAACGACAUGACCUGCGUCUGUCUACCCAACCGUCGCUCUCAUGGAAGCUCCUGUGAUCAGGGUUGGGAGGCGAUUUCGUCCAUCACAGUCGCAGGCAGCGACUGGAGGUGCAAGGACGUGUACAUCAUGUAUGGCCUCACGCUGCAACAGUUCACCGAUAUGAACCCGAAUAUUAAUUGCUCCGCUCUCCUUCCUCAGGGCCGCGACCUCGUUGUGCAAGAGCUUCUAGAACCUUGCUCUGCCUUCUACUACACCCAGCCUGCCGACACGUGCGCUUCUGUGGCUCAAUUCCUCAACAUCACCGAGGAAAGCCUGGAGCAGCUGAACCCCGGUGUUAGCUGCUCCUCUCGCCUCCUUGCGUUCCGUCCUCUCUGUGUGGAGCGCGACCCAACCAAGACCAGGCCAAGCUGUGAGAACGAGAUAGAGAUCGGCAAAGUGGUGGACUUCAAGCAGGUGGCAACAUCCAAUGGAGUCACCAUGGUGGACCUCUGCAGGCUCAACCCCUGGCUCUCCUUCCGUGAUUCCAGGGGCGAGGUUGAUUAUCUUUGCAUGGCUGCCCAUUACGCUACACCUCCUGCCAGCGACACCACACCUCCCAGCGACACCACACCUCCCAGCGACAACACACCUUCCAGCGACAACACACCUUCCAGCGACAACACACCUUCCAGCGACAACACACCUUCCAGCGACAACACACCUUCCAGCGACAACACACCUUCCAGCGACAACACACCUCCCAGCGACAACACACCUCCCAGCGACAACACACCUCCCAGCGACAACACACCUCCCAGCGACAACACACCUCCCAGCGACAACACACCUCCCAGCGACAGCACACCUCACCCCGCAUCUUCCAGCGACAACCCACCUUCCAGCGACAACCCACCUUCUUCUGAGUACCCCGACGAAGAGACUUCAAGCACGAGCAUAUGUGGCUACUACAUAGUCAACCCGUGUUCGGGGGGCACGUGCAUUGACCACGGCAUGGAGGACUGGACCUGCGUCUGCCGGCCCAACCACCGCUCUUAUGGCAGCUCCUGUGAUGUGGAUACGAAUGUCGUUUCGUCCAUCACGGUCGAAGGCAGCACUUGGAGGUGCAAGGACGUGUACACCAUGUAUGGCCUCACGCUGCAGCAGUUCACUGCCAUGAACCCGGAUAUCGACUGCUCCGCUCUCCUUCCUAAGGGUCACGAGCUCGAGGUGAAAGAGCUUCUUCCAGCUUGCUCUGCCUUCUACUACGUCCAGCCGGCCGACACAUGCUCAUCCGUGGCUCAGUUUCUCGACAUUACCGAGGAAAGCCUGCAGCAGCUCAACCCCGGUGUUAGCUGUUCCUCUGCCCUCCUUGCAUUCCGCUCUCUCUGUGUGGAGCGCGACCCAGCCAAGGGCAGACCGACCUGUGCGAAUGUGAUAGAGACCGGCAGCAGUGUCGACUUCAAGCAGGUGGCGGCAUCCCAUGGACUCACCAUGGUGGACCUCUGCAGGAUCAAUCCCUCGAUAGCCUUCCGUGAUGCCCUGUACGACACUCAAUAUAUUUGUGUGGCUGCCUCCUAUGCGUGA